CUGCCCUGGGGAGGGCCUGGUGCUUGGGUCUGGAGAGCUGUGUGUGUCGAGGGGCGCAGAUGUCCUCGUGGGGAGCCCCAAGUUCGCUUGUAGUCCUCAGGGAGGGGCAGCUAGCUCCUGCCCUGGCCCCGGAGUCUGCUCUCCCUGGGCCUCCUGUCUCUCUCCCCGGCCGGGCUGACCCACGCGCCACCCUUUCCCAGGAAGCCUACAGCGCAGUGGUGCGCUACUUCGGUGAGAGCCCCAAGACCACACCUCCUUCUGUGUUCUUCCCAGUGUUUGUCCGGUUCAUUCGUUCUUACAAGGAAGCAGAACAAGAGAAUGAAGCCCGCAAAAAGCAGGAGGAGGUAAUGCGGGAGAAGCAGCUGGCUCAGGAAGCCAAGAAACUGGAUGCCAAGACCCCAUCCCAACGGAACAAGUGGCAGCAGCAGGAGCUAAUCGCAGAGCUGCGGCGGCGCCAGGCCAAGGAGCACCGGCCCGUGUACGAGGGCAAGGACGGCACCAUCGAGGACAUCAUCACAGGCCUCCGUCACCAGCCCAUCGUCGUCUGCCAGCAGGCCAAGAGCGCCGCACCACCCGGUGGCCCUCCUCGGGCUCCAGGCCCUCACUGACGCCUCUUGGAGGCGGCGGCAUUCGACCCUGAGCCCCGAAGUCGGCGGGGCACACACAGGAAGCUCUGUGCUUGGUGUCUGCCGCCUGGCUGUGGGCGCUGGGGCUUCUGGACCUGGCACCUCCCUGGUGCCUCCAUUUCUGCACUUUGCCCCAAGGUUUCAACUAUUUCCUAAAGGGCCAGCACGGGGCUGGGAGGACAACACGCGCAGCCUUAAAAACCAGGCACCGAGGCCUUGCUGCCUUCAGAGCGGGUGGCGAGUCCACCUUCCCGCCCCUUCCUGCUCACCGCCCCACGGUCAGCUGCGCGCCAGAGACACAAAGUCCUGCAGCAUCAGGUCCCCUCCGGCCCCGCACAGAGGUGCCCAGCAGGGGUCCCGCGGAGAGCCUGUCCGCCUGGGCCCUUUUCUCUCUGAGCCAGUCCUGCCCUGCGCGUGGUGGAGGCGGAGGUCGGCCUGGCUGGAGGAAGGCUGGCAACGUCACCCGCACCCUCUCUCCUCAGCCAGGGCUCCUUUGGCAGGAGGUUGGUGGUGCUAAGCUGACCAGUUGUUCGUCUCUGCCAAUUUCUUUUCAGCCCCUACAAAGGCACACAGGGGCCCCUCCUUUUUUGUACAUGUACCACCUCCCUUCUCUCUUGUACAUAAACCUCAGACCGUCCCACUUUAAACAAAGGCUUGAAGCACCAGG